GUGGAAGGCCUCGACUGUAGAUUUUUAUCAAUGAAAAAUUACGCAUUCUAUCGUAUUGAUGAAAACAACAAUAACUGUAUCGUUUGCAUGUUCGUACUUACGAUUCCUGUUUUCGGAUUAAUUACCUUCUUAACCAGUGAACUAUGGCUUCAAAUAUUAAUGUGGACAAACUGGCGGUCUCCGGAGAAUUUUCGUUGCCCCAAAUAUGCCGUCUGUGCUUACAGAAACUGGAAGCCGACUCAUCGGUUAACUUGUUUGCGGUAAAUUUUUCCAUUCGCCCGUCCCAGAUGAUAAUUCGCUGUGCGGCCAUCGAAAUCGACGAACACGAUGGGCUACCGCAUGCGAUCUGUAACGAUUGUUUCUACAAACUGGGCAUUGCAUACGAGUUUCGAACACGCUGCGAAGCCUCGGAUCAGCAGCUUCGAGCGUAUGUCGUCAACCAGCGCAAAUUGGCCGCUCCUCAGCUGGAUGUUGUGCGGGAUGAGGAGAUCUAUGAAGCUAUGAACGCCAUAUUGGAACCGAAUGAAACGGCUGUAGAAACCAGUCCAAGGAUUAAAGUCAAAAAAAAAUAUCCUGUAAUUCAGAAGAAGGCUAAAUUGGAUGAAUUACUGGUAAAGCACAAUGCAAAAUUGAAAGAAGAACGAUCGAAAUUUAAGAUUUUCCUGCAAAAGCGCAUUCGCCGUAAGAAUAAUGAAUCGGUGGUAAAAAAAGGAAAAUUUCUGGAUAAACCGGAACAGUGUUUCAUCUGUGGCAAAUCUUUCAACUACAGUGGUUAUUUGAAGGCUCAUCAGCGAAUUCAUACAGGAGAGAAACCUUACGAGUGUCAGAUUUGCCAUCGGAGAUUCGCUCAAGCCGGUAAUCUUUAUUUGCAUAGAAGAACACAUUUGGAUGAGAGGAAAUAUCAAUGCGAAAUUUGUAGCAAACUUUUUAAAACUUCUAGUAAUUUGCAUGCCCAUCGUAAAACUCAUUCAGAGGAGCGAGAUCAUUUGUGUAGCUUAUGCAAUCGACCCUUUAAAACAGCCAUAGAAUUGCGCAAACAUAUGGAAAUUCAUUCAUCCAUCAAAAACUACGUUUGUCAAAUUUGUAACAAAUCUUUCAACAAGCAGGCAUAUUUAAAUAGUCACAUCAAAACUAUUCACAUCGGCGUGAAAGGCCACAAGUGUCAAGAUUGUGAAAAAAUCUUCUCGAAUAGCUCAAACUUGAUAGCUCAUAGGAGGAUACACACCGGUGACAGGCCUUAUGAGUGCAAAGAAUGCGACUCAAAGUUCACACAAUCGCCUUCACUAUUGCGACACAUUAAGGCCAAACAUACACCAAAAAUUACGAAACCAAUGGUCCCAGAACCGCCCCUGGAGCCUUCCAUCGAAGUGGACGAAAAUCGUUCUCUGGACAGCGCUGCAAGUUCAGAGUUGUCCGUUGCCACAUCAUUGAUCGAAAACCAAACCAGUUAUAUGUCCUACAUGCCAAAUUACAGUCAUCAGCCUCAACUGCAGAUGGUUCCCAAUCAACACAUUCAGAUGCAACAACCUGCGACGACUGCCAAUAAUCUGUACUCAUCGAACGAUCUCUACCAAUUCCCAUCGGCCGGAUCAUCCAACCAUCCUUCUCACCAUUACCAGCAACAACAUUUGGACGUUGGAAGCUACGAUCUCUGCUACUCAAUGCCGAACCACAGCACGGUUCUCAAUCCUAGUUUGAUCAAUCCUCAGCCAACCUACAUAUUCGAUCAAUAAAAGUGUCAAUUCCGUUUCUCAAAAAAAAAAAAAAAAAUAUCGAAACGC